GCCAUCAUAUAUGUCCAUCUACCGUAGAUUGAUGUCUAUCUGCGUCUAAAAUCAUACAUAAGCAAUUCUGAAAAUAAACAUUCUCCCAUUACAACAGACACCCACCUUCAUUUAAGCCGAUUAGUACACUUAUCUGCUUAUCCAUAUUAAAUUCGCAAACCAAUUCGUUCGCAUCUCAUUCUCAAGUACCCCGCCAACACCAAUAAUUUAGAUAACCACCAACACUCCAAAUAUUCCCAUCACCAUGGCAGACGUAGAAAUGGCAGAUGCCCCACCAGCUACAGGAAAGAAGAACGGUCUUAAGAAGGCAGGGGGUGGUGAAGGUUCGGAAGGCAAAAAGCGCUUCGAGGUGAAGAAGUGGAACGCGGUAGCUUUGUGGGCAUGGGACAUUGUUGUUGAUAACUGCGCUAUCUGCAGAAAUCACAUUAUGGAUCUUUGCAUCGAAUGUCAAGCAAACCAAGCUUCUGCCACAAGUGAGGAGUGCACUGUAGCCUGGGGAAUUUGUAACCACGCUUUCCAUUUUCAUUGUAUCUCCCGUUGGUUGAAGACUCGCCAAGUUUGCCCACUUGACAACAGAGAUUGGGAAUUCCAGAAGUACGGUCGUUAAGUUGGGGGUUGAGAUUGUAUUUGGCAUUGGAUGGGGUAUUUGAGGAAGAUGAUGAAGCUACGGACAUGAAUGAAGUAUAAUAUACCAAAAAGAGCGGCACGAAUCUCAUCUGCGCGGUUCAUCCAAAGAUCCAGUAGGAGGCAAAUGGAUAAUUUUUGGCAGGAUUGGCGUUAAGGACUCAGAAGUAGAGCGAAACUUCGGCACAAUGUAGCUUUCA